AACCAUUUAGAGACGGACAGCAACAAAAGGACGAAUCUGACAGCUCUGCAUUUUUUUACGGAAGCAAAGGAACUAGCGAACUACAGAAAUAUAAAUCCUUAAUCAAAUCGUCUGUGGAAGGUUCAAGUACACGUUUAGAUGUCUGAUGCACCAGAACAUCUUAAAGAAGAGGAGGCGGACACUCCCGAACCAGAGAAUCAGUCUGACUCUGAUAGCAGCGACGAGGGUGAAGCGUCAGGUGACACCGAGAUGGAUUUCCUGCGCAACUUGUUCUCUCACACCUUGGGCCUGGGCUCUGCAGAGAAGGUUCUAGAUGAUCUGACCCUGGAGGGAGUGGCUCGGUACAUGCAGAGUGGCAAAUGCAAAAAUAUAAUCUUCAUGGUGGGGGCAGGGAUCUCCACAUCGGCGGGCAUCCCAGAUUUCCGCUCUCCUGGGACUGGUCUCUAUGCCAACCUGCAGAAAUACAACCUGCCCUACCCCGAGGCCAUCUUCCAGAUCGACUACUUUAAGAAACAUCCAGAACCUUUCUUUGCCCUGGCUAGAGAGCUCUAUCCUGGACAGUUCAAGCCCACAGUGUGUCACUACUUUAUCAAGCUCAUGAAGGAGAAGGGCCUGCUGCAACGUUGCUAUUCUCAGAACAUCGACACCCUGGAGCGCGUGGCGGGGCUGGAGGGGGAGGACCUGAUCGAGGCCCACGGAACCUUCUACACCUCCCACUGUGUCAGCUUCCUCUGCCGCAGAGAGUACAGCCUGGACUGGAUGAAAGAAAAAAUCUUCUCAGAUGAGAUUCCUAAGUGUGACAAGUGCAGUGGUCUGGUGAAGCCAGACAUCGUCUUCUUUGGAGAGAAUCUUCCUGCAAGAUUCUUCACCUCCAUGAAGAUGGACUUCCCUCGGUGUGACCUCCUCAUCGUCAUGGGAACGUCUCUGCAAGUCCAGCCCUUCGCCUCCCUCGUUAGCAGGGUUCCAAAAAGCUGCCCAAGACUUCUCAUCAACAUGGAGAAGACUGGAGAGUCUGACGCUAUGAUGGGGAUGCUGGGGUUUGGAGGAGGGAUGGACUUCGACUCAGACAAGGCCUACAGGGAUGUAGCUCAUAUCAGCACCUGUGAUGAUGGCUGUCUGGCUCUGGCAGACUUUCUGGGAUGGAAGGAGGAGCUUCAGGAGUUGGUGAAGAAGGAGCAUGCCCGCAUUGACAGCCAGGAUAAGAAAGAGCAAGCCAAUCAGAGCGUAGAAACCGCAGCCAAGGCUGACACAAAGAACACUGACAAGGCAGAGUAACCAAUGAGACGCUUCGCUCUAACAGCAACCAAUGGCAAGCCAGGACAGGACUGUGACUGUCUCAAUACACUCUCCCUCAACCGUGUUGUUUGUGUUCUAACGUGACCCUGUGUUUCACAUCCUCCUUCCUGUCUAUCUCUGCCCUGAUCUACCGUGACGUCCCCCAGAGUGGGCUGGUACACACCUUCCUCACCUUACAGUAGGAGGCCACCUGUGUGACCUCACACCUGUUCUGUGCUGGGAGUCUGGGGCUGGUGGUGGGAGAGCGUGUGAGGAGAUCCUCAAACAGGAAGCGCAGGAGCAGGCGUCCUCUGGCAGCGAGACCAAACCCAAGAACACGUUCUGUACCUGCAGCUUCAGGGUUCCUCCAGACCAGGACCAGCUCUGCCCCCCGCAUGCAGCGUGAGACGCCGCAGUCACACACAGCUGUAUGCUGACGUCGGUAACGUUUGUUAACGUUCUGGAAUGUUCUGUUGAUUUGAUCGGCACGUAAACAGUUUCCUCAGGCCCCAGACUCCAGGCCUCCUGCAUGUUGCUGGCAGCUUCCUGACGCCCCACGCUACAUCACAUCACACAACCCCAUCAUGUUCACAGAGAGAGGAGGGAGAGACCUAGACGGCGAGUGAGUGAGAGAGAGAGAGCAUCCUGAUUGGUCUACUCAGCACAGACAGAACAAUCAGUUUUCUCCGUGGGCGGGAUUUAGGGUCGACCUUCCUUUCUCUUUCAUCCAUCCGUUCAGUUUAGUGUACUGCUGCCCCCGGUAGAGUGAUGUCAUCAACACCUCAGGAGAAAACUGGAGCCCUGCCUAUAGGUCAGAACCACACAGGGUGGGAUGUCUGUGAUUGGCUCUCUGAAGUGAGUUCUUACAGGGUGGGAUGUCUGUGAUUGGCCCUCUGAAGAGGUGCCACAUUUGUUUUUAAAUCUGCAAACAUUCGACCAUAGAACCUUUAAUGAUAAACUGACCUGUAAUAAUUAUAUUUUUUUCUGCUUAUAAUUUCUUUAUAUACAUUGUUUCAAUCAAAUAAUUCUUAAAACAUUCUUUAAUAUAUAUGAUAAUAUAAGGAAAUCUGUUUUGCUGUCUUUCUGUCAUACUAGCAUAGAAGUUGUAAUGUUUUGAAACAGGAUGUGAUGCAACAACAAGAGGAAAUGUGUUAAGGACAGUUGUUGCACUUGAAGUUGGGUGUGACCC